GUUUGUGUCUAAUGGUUUGGCAGAUGGCUAUAGCAGCUGUUGCUCAUGUGUUUGUCUUUUCGGCGGAACCUUAUCACUACAUCCCUGCCAGUGAGUAUGGAAAAGUCACCACUGAAAGGACCAAAGGAGAAGUGAAGUUAGAAGGUGACACCCCAGCUGUGCUUGAGAAACAAGAAACAAAGGUUGAAGCUCCCGGAACUAGUGUCACUGAAAGCGUUCAGGACAUUGUUCUUAAAGGAGGUCAACAUGUUGUCAAGGAUGUUGUGUUGACCAUAAACCAAGCAAUGGGUCCUGUGGAGAAGGGAGUGACAAAGAUUCAAGAAACCUUCCACCGCAAAUCAGUUAGCUCAGACAAAGAAGUAGACGAGUCAGAGUUGAGAGUCGAGCAAUAUGAAGAAAAUCUUACAUGUGAAACUCACAUUCCUUAGAACUGUAGGUUAUU